AUAAGGAUGUUAAAUGGGCCAAACUACAUAUAUGGAUUAAAAUUUAGCCCAGUAAGGCUUCUAGUUUGUCUGAGUCUUCAGCCAUUUCUUAAACAAAUUUGUGCGGAUUUUUGCUGCGAGUAAAAGAGAUCAGAGCAAUGGCGAACAGAGCAUUGCUUUUGCUAACUCAUCGUGCACCCCUAGCUUCUCAUACUUCAUCAUGCUUCUUGUUCGGUUUCAUAGGAACCCCUCUUCCUGCAGUGAAGAGAUCGUUUGUGCAAUACAAGAAUCCAAAAACCCGGAAUUACUCCACCACAAAAUCCAGUCUUGAGCCACCUAAUCUUCCAAAGUUGGCUGAAACUGCCCGUAUAUCUCUCACCCCAGAUGAGGUGGAAGAAUUCGCUCCCAAAAUCAGACAAGUGGUAGAUUGGUUUGGGCAAUUACAAGCAGUUGAUCUUGAAAGUUUUGAACCCGCAAUAAGGGCAGAUACUGAGGGAGACAAUUUACGUAACGAUCUGCCUGAAAUUUUUGAGAACCGGGAAGGAAUAAUAACAGCUAUCCCAAGCUAUGAAGACCCUUAUAUCAAAGUCCCCAAGGUCUUAAAUAAGGAUUAAAAUUGCAAGGUAUGCAAGGGUAGUUUCAGCUUCACCAAUGUACCAGCUAACAAAAUAGGGCUCAAGUCGUAUAGCAUUUCGAAUCAUUUGUGAGCAAGCCAGAGGUUCGCAACGAGUGAGUGGAUUCGGGGAUUCGCUGUUCCCAUGUCAGGGCUACAACACUCCCUUGCUUCAAAGUGCAAGAGCCUAGAAGUUCAUGAAAUGCCCCAUGCCGUGCCAAGUAUAGAUUUACCUGUGAAGUAUCAACUGUCAAGUGAUAAGCUGUGUGGAUUUUUUCUUUAUCUCUUGUUUUCUUAAUGAAAUACUUGAUUCUUUUCUUUCCCUUGUCACAAUUCUCAAGGCAUAGAAUAUAUCUUUCUUUCUUUUUAUUUGAAAAGUUUUUGGACAUGGCAAUGCAAUUUUCUUAGAGUGACUCAAAAUUAUACUCCCUCCGUCC